UUUAUCAGAGCAACAAGUGUUAUUAAGUGUAUUGUGAUUUUCAUGGUGAGGAAUGUAUUGUGGAAAAAAGUGAUUUUCUUAGAUCAUAUGCGGCUAUUUUGCGCUGAAUGGAACUCCCACGCUAUAAUUAAUUGUUGUGUACUGGAAUAUCUUCGAGAUUUUUCAUAUUUUCAUUAAAUUUUCAUAUUUGGAAAAAAAUCUUGAAGAAAUUGUACCUCACCUGAAAGUGUUAUCACACCUAUACUAAAGUAUCUUUAUUUGUAUCAGCAUAUGAUAAGGCAAAAACCCCAUCAAUUUGGAAGCAAGUGUGAAAACUGUGUCAGUGUUUUUUGAAGAUUUAUACUGAGUGAACGUGUAACUAUUUUGCUCAUAAUAAUUCAUUAAGAAUUUUUGAUCUUCUGUGCUUUGUGAUUUUUUCUAUAAAUUGAGGCGCCAAAGAAUGGAGAAUGAGGCCCUCAAUCGAAUUUCUAGUGACAGUGGCACAAGUUCCUUUGAAUGUGAAACAGAAAGAGCCCCUGAGAGGCCCCCACGGGGAAUCCGGGGUUCCUCUACCAAAUCCAUCGUCUACAUGCGUCGAUUGCAGUUUGAACGUCUGUGUCAGGAGAACUGUGAGGAGCCAAGGUGCCCAAGGCAGUUCAAAGAAAUGCACAGGAUAACACCUGAGCCUCAGGAGGAGACAAAUGAAGAGCCUGUCGAAGAGGAAGAAGUCCCUGAACCACAAAUGAGUCAUCCAGAUGAAGAAAUUGCGCAUGAAGAGGAGGGAGAGGCUGAUUGUGAUAAGGAAUGGAGUGUUGAGCAAUCCUCUGAUAACGUACCAACACAGCCAUCAGUUGGUGAUUCGAGUGAUUUUGAAGAGGAAGAAGAAGUUCAAGAGACUCCCCAAUUGCCUGUGAUUGAGGUGAAGAACACAGAAAUUUACGAGGAUGUUCCUCAGUACCACGAUGAUGAUUUUAGUGAUAGUACCUUCGAUACCACAACUGAUGAAGAGGAUGAAGAUGACUACCACCUCCAAGUUCCACAGCAAUCAUCACGUCCAGCAUCGCAGGAUUCAAUAUCAACGCGUGUUGUUCUCCUUGUGGAUGAAUUGGUUAAAACAGAAGAAACUUAUGUCAAUGUUCUGCAGAAGGGCAUUGAGGGCUAUGCGAAAAUCUUCAAAGGGGAACUCCCGCCAACUCUUAGAGGUCGAGAAAAUGCCAUUUUUGGCAAUCUUAAGCGGGUUUAUGAAUUCCAUGCAGAAAUCCUGCUACCAGAUCUCAAAGAGUGUUUAGGAGACAUUGAAAAGAUUUCCAAUGUUUUCCUCAAACUCAUCAAGGAGGAAUACUUCUACUGCCAUGUUCUCUAUGCCAUGAAUUGUACCAAGUCCAAGAAGAUCUGCGAGGAUCAUGAACAAUUCUUUUCAAGAAUAAUGGAGGAUAUUGGUGAUCGUUUGGGUAUUUUGAGUUUGCUCCUGCAGCCAAUUCAACGCGUACCACGGUAUAAACUUCUUCUUGAGAAUGUGCUCGAAGAGUUGGGAAAGCAAAUUGAGGCAUCUCCAGAAGUUAAGUCUCAACUGGCGGCAACUUCUAGAGCAUGGAAGGCUGUAGAGAAAUUAGCUGCCUGUGUCAAUGCUUCAGUGAAUGUUAAUAACAUUACUGAGUGCUAUGAGAUUAAUCUGUUCCAUCAAGGAAAAUUCAGAGAUUUUGAAGCUUUUGAAUUUUAUGACAAUGAUACAGGAAGGAGAUUUAAAGGGCAUGUGUUCCUCUUUGAGAAAUGCAUUGUCUACACUGAACAUAAAGCUUCUCAGGAAAAUUGUUACCUCUACCGUGGACAUUACGCAUUUGCCAAGUUGGGUAUUCUGGAGGAUGUCAAUCGGGGGAAAUUGUCUCUGUUUCGGGAUCGUUUGGGGCAGCAACAGUUGGACAUCCACGGACCAUCUCCAGCUAUCAGCAAGUGGAAAGAUCAUAUCACCAGCGUUCUUAUGGAAUUCGCCAAUGAAGAAAAACUGAAGAACAGUCGAGCGAAGGUGAACCGACAGAGCUACAAAUCAGUAGUUCCGGAAUUUAGAAGCAGUACACGUGGAAGUAUUAUGAGUAAUUUGAGCAUUGCUAGCUCCUCCAGUGGCUACAGAAGUAGUCAGUAUAGUAAUAAUAGUGAUCUUGAUAUGGACAAUCGAAGAACUACAUGGUAUGAGAACAAGAACUUGCAGAGACUACUCAAUUCAGAGAAGCACUACGUCUCCAUGCUGUACACAUACAAGAACAAACUUGUGGAUCAUUUGCCUCCUGAUGUGAAACAGAACAUUGAUGGGUACAUCCAAUCUCUCGAAGCAAUCUGUAGGAUGCACAGAGAUAGAUUCUUGCCGAAAUUGCGACAAUGUGACAUGAGUGUGGAAGAAAUUUGCAAUCUCUUCAAUGACUUUAUAUCCGAUGGAUCUUUUGGAAUCUACAUGACAUACGCCACCGAAUUGAUGAGCGUUCAGCAAAUCCUCCUCGAAUACAAUGUAAAACUUUUCCCACGAAAGAGACAAACCCAGCUCAUGAGUGAGGACAUUGAGACAGGAAUUAAGAUGUUCCUGCAACUGCCCAUCAAGCGACUCUCUGCCUAUGAGUCAGCCAUCCAUUUUAUUCUGGAGUGUUUCUUUAAUGAGGGCGUCAAUACAAUGAGCUCUAUCUUCAAAGUGGCAGCUGUUCUUGAGGCAGAACUAAAUAAUUUGACCAAAUCCGUUGGAAAUAACUUUAAAGUCUUCACUUGCUGUGAUUUCCGGAUGCACCGACGAAGAGCGGGAUUUGUUCGAUAUGCUGAUGAUGUUGCUGCUAGUACUUUUGGCACAUGGAACUAUUGUGUUUUACUGAUGGAGAGGCAAGUUGUUUGCUGCAAAGUAAAAAAGGAUCAGGAUUCUUCCUACUUCUCUUCGGUGCUAUUUAACACAUCCUACGAGAACCUUCUGCUUCGUGAGAGCAAGAUGAAUGCCAAUCGACUAAAAUUCUGCCUCAAGACUGGGGACCAGGCUGUCUAUCCCUUACUCUUUCGGACUCUGGACAAGAAGCAGCUCUUCAUGAGGAAAUUCACAGAAUUCUACCGACACAGUGUCACGUCAAGAAGAUAAUUGUUAUUUAAUGAAAGAGGUCUACUAUUUACACAUCUGUAA